CGGGGGCUGCGCGCGGCCGCGGGGGAGCGAGAGACCGCGCCGGGCGGCGGAUGAGGCGCGGCGGCUGCGGCCCAGGGCACCUCCCCGCCCCGCGGCUUGCCGAACCCUGCCGGCUCUGACCCGAGGCGGAGGAUGGCAGCAGCAGCCGCGCUCUGAGCCCCUCCGGAGAAGAACACCCUUCCCGCCGCAUCGCCCCAGGGUCCCGCGGAGGCCGCCGCCUCGUCCCCUCCACGUCUCCAUCUCCCAGAGCGCGGCCCAGCGGAAAAGUGAGCGAUGGCAGAAAACCUGAGGAAACUGGUCUCGAGCGAAACUUUGCGACUGAUGCACGACAAGCUAGACGGCUGGCUGAGGGAGUACAACGCAAACACAUGUGAUCAAAAUCUUAGUCAUUGCCUUGAGCUCAUCGAACAAAUUUCCAAAGUACAAGGACAGCUCUUUCGGAUCCUCACCACGGCAGCCCAAGAAGGCGGACAUUAUGAUGGUGUGGAAAUAAUAAAAUCGCGCCUUCUGCCUUGGCUGGAGGCCUCCUUUACUGCUGCUUCCCUGGGAAAACCUGUUGACAGCAGGGUGCCCUCUCUACAGGACACAUUCGAUAAAGAGAAACAUAAAGAGUCAGGUGUUCGGGAUCGGGACAUGCAACAACUAGACUCUGAGUUGACUUCGACUCGUAAUCAACUCAACCAGGUUCAAGACGAUCUGGCUGAAACUGAAAAGACUCUUGAAGAAACCAAGAACAGAUCGGCCAUAUCCCUUUUGGCUGCAGAGGAGGAAAUAAAUCAGCUAAAAAAGCAGCUUAAAUCUCUUCAAAUCCAGGAGGACUCCCGCCACCGAAACUUAGAACACAGAAGCACAGAGCAUCGAUGUUCGGAGCCUAGAGCCUCAGAACCAAGGACCUCUGAGCAGAGGAGGCUGGACCAGCGAGGCAUUGACAAGCGGGGCGCAGAGCAGCGGCCCGAAGUGAUUUCCGAUUAUGAGAAACAGCUCCGAACGCUGAAGGACGAGAUAGCGGUUUUGUCUGCUGAAAAAUCUGCACUUCAAGGAAGGUCCGCCAGGAGCCGGACUCCCAGCCCCGGCCCUCGCAGCCGCAGCCACAGCCACAGCCGCAGCCACAGCCGCAGCCGCAGCCACAGCCGCAGCCGCAGCCGGUCCACCAGCCCCUCCACCGCCGUGGUGAAGAUCAGGACCCCGUCGCCGAAUCACGCCAAAAUGUCCAACGUGGCACGCAAGGCUGCCCUCCUGUCCCGGUUCAGCGACGCCUAUUCCCAGGCCCGUCUGGAUGCUCAGUGCCUGCUGCGGCGCUGCAUUGACAAAGCCGAGACUGUGCAGAGGAUUAUCUACAUCGCCACCGUGGAGGCAUUCCAUGUAGCUAAGAUGGCAUUCAGACAUUUCAAGAUCCGCGUGAGGAAAUCGUUGACACCGUCUCUCGCGGGGUCGAAUAACUUUGAAGAUGCUGUCUCGGAUUAUAUCAUUUGUCAUCUCGAUCUAUAUGAUUCCCAAAGCAGUGUUAACGAUGUGAUCCGAGCCAUGAAUGUCAAUCCCAAGAUUUCAUUUCCUCCUGAAGUUGACUUUUGCCUGCUCAGCAACUUCAUCCAGGAGAUAUGUUGCAUUGCCUUUGCCAUGCAGGCUUUAGACCCACCCCUAGAUAUUGCAUUUGGGGCGGAUGGAGAAAUUUUUAAUGAUUGCAAGUACCGUCGCAGCUAUGACUCUGAUUUCACUGCUCCCUUGGUCCUCUAUCACGUGUGGCCUGCUCUCAUGGAGAAUGACUGUGUCAUUAUGAAGGGAGAAGCUGUCACCAAGAGAGGGGCUUUUUGGAAUUCGGUGCGAUCUGUAAGUCGAUGUCGAAGCAGGAGUUUAAGUCCCAUCUGCCCCCGUAGCCGUAUUGGUUUAAGCACGAUAUCUCGAAGCCGGAGCCCUUCUCCAAUAAGAUGCGGAUUGCCGAGGUUUUAAAGCCACCAGACGUGUCCCUUUGCUACAGUACAUCUGCACCAGCAACUUCCCAAGUGCCUGUCUCCUGUGCCUGCCUCAGAACUCACUUAAGAUAAUGUGAAAAUGCAAUUCUGUGUAUCCCUCCACACGGAGAGUUAAAUGUUUUGGCUUAGCAUGUUUGUAACUUCAGAUAUAUUGCAUUUUAUUUUAUUUUAGAGAUACAAAUUCCAUUACUUUGAUAAAAACGAUUGCAUAGGUGUUUAGGAUCAUAUUCAUUUGAAGCAAAGUCCCUCAGGGUUUUCAUCCUCAGAUACUAGGUUCUUCUGUGGCAACUGUAGAAACUUAAGCGGAGGAUAUUUGCCAAGUGGAGUUCAAAAGACAGAGUCAGUUUAGUUUACAGAUGAAUCAUAAAUGUUAUAAUUGCUGGUAUUAGCUUAAGGCUUAGAAACAAUAUUGAGUGUUUUAAUUUUCUUUUGUUUGGAAGACGGCCCUAAUCCCAGGCUGGGGAAUUUGUCCUAGUAGUGGUGACUUCGGGCUACACGUAGAUGGCAUUGAUUUCAGAGAAUCAAGUUCACUGGCUGGCUUCUCUUUUCCUGAUUUGAGACUGCCCUGUUCGGUUUAGUUGGGUACCAAUGCCAAAGCUACUUACCUGAGGAAAUGUUCUUGCUUCAUAAAUGGGGAGAAGUGAUUUGGCUGGAAGCCAGCCUUGAGAGAAAUGUUAAUUACUUCGUGUUUAACUCGUGGGAAUGUUUCAUACAGUUUUAAUGUACAUGUUACGUAUAGAAACGACAUGGACAUGUG